UGCAUGUUCACCACAUGAAAAUAGAAACGAGCUACGGUCGCUGCGCAGCGGAGAGGAAAGUGAUGUCUUUUUAUUAUUUUCACAAUGAGCAGACAGCGGGAUGUAGCCUAUUCUCCACACACCGACAUUUAAAGUAACCGUAAUCUUUGCUGGCUCACAUCCACAGCUUGGUUUAUUGGUCCAGAGCUGCAGAGUGUCAGCUUCUGACGCAGCCGGAGCACCUCCGCUAGGGGUGCACUGACGCCUGACGGCUCUAUCUAUCUCAACACGACCACUUCAGCUCCGCAGUGCAGGAUCUGCUGCGUUUUAUGGAAGCAGAGUCUGUGCAACCUGUCGUGGUCAUGCUGCCCCCGAAGAACUGCCUGCCAAGGAACUACAGCUGCAUAGCCGGACUGUUCGGAAGCCUGGCAGAGGCAAACCCGCGGCUGGAAGAUGGGGAAGAUUUUGACAAGAUGAACGGUACGUGUGAGCCCAUCGAGAGCCCCGUGGUGGACGAGAGACCGCGGGGCAGAGAGAUCUCCCUGAAGCCUCCACAGAGUCCAAAUCUGCGCCGGAGGUGCAAGUCGCUGCCCACACCCACAGAGAGAGCAAAGUUAGAGAUCUCCCGCAGCAGGAGUCCAUCCAGUCAGAAAAAGGUCCGGUUCGCAGACUCCCUGGGUCUGGAGCUCACUUCAGUGAAGCACUUCGAUGAUACAGAUGUGCCAGAGGUGCCAGAGCGCAUAUUGGCAAAACUACCCAAAGGACCCCUCCACCUUAAUCAUUUGGAAACCAAAUUCCCCCGGGGCCCUUCGCAGUCUGUGUUCAUGGAGUUGCAGUUCACCAACCCAGGCACACUCCCCGGCUUCGAGCAGAGAGUGAGGGAGGUGAAAGUCAUGUUGGACAGCGUUGAAGCAGACGAAUUCAGCCUCUCCGGGUUUGUGCGCGUGUUGAAUCUGGCUUUCGAAAAGAGCGUCUCUUUGCGGUACUCUCUAAAUAACUGGAUAACAUUCAUGGACAGUUUGGCGUACUAUGUUCCCAGCUCAAGCGACGGUGUCACUGAUAAGUUCCGUUUCAAGAUCGUCAUGCCCACUUACCUCGACAACGGAGGCACAUUGCAGUUUGCUAUUAAAUACUGUGUCGGCGGGCAAGAGUACUGGGACAAUAAUAAUGGGAAUAACUACAAAGUGCGACGUCACCGGUUGAAGAUGUCCCCACCGCGGGAAUGGGAGAAUGGAUGGAUUCACUUUAUCUGAGCGUUGGCGUCAUUUGCGCGUAACUGAUCCCCUGGUACCUUAAUUAUGACUGUAGCCUGUUAAAGAUGCUUUUUUCUGCCAUUGUCAGCUACACACAUGCUGUGACACCGAAUACAAUUUCCCACAAUAAUUCAAAUAUUUGCCCGACUGUGGUAACAUAUUUAGUUUUGACGUCUAUACUGAAUACGCCUUUGGUAGGUUUCCAGUGUGAGAUGCAGUUAAAUAAUUUGCCUUGAUGUCAGGGCUCUGUGCAGCUUGGUGCCCUUUGGGAGGGCAUGUUCAAGAUACGUAACGCAGGAACACGUGCCGCCGAAAACGUGCCGGGCAAUGCCAACUUCAGGCAUCACUGUUCCUUUCAGGAGAUACUGUACAUUUAUAUGGUGGCAAGGAGAUGUUUGAAUUAUCAGUUUGUUUUGCAUGUGUGCAAAUGUAUUGGCUUAAUGGGAAGAAGAAAGCACCGCGGCUGAUAUGGAUGCCAAGCGAACCUAGUUGCGUACUCCACUCCUCCUGCAGGCUGAGGGAAACACAGGCCUUAAAUUGUCAGACAUAAACAUGCGACAGGUUAUAUUUCAUUCAGAAAAUUCAAUAUAUAAUUGCCCACAGGCAUGCCAUUGAAAAAUGCCUUAUUUUACGCCAUGAUGUGGGAAGUUGUGCAUUGAAUGUUGAAUGUGUAGUUUCCUCAUUAGGGUUGAAUAGACUAGAUGCAUUAGAUGGUUUACAUCUUUAAGUUAGUGUCCAUAUAGCUGUAGGCUUCCAAUCCAGGGACAUACUUAGUCAAAAUCUGUCUUUUAGCCACAUAUUUGCACCUAUACAACCCCUGUUGUAUAUUUUCUGCAGUAUUAAUUUAAAAUGAUUACGUAUUUUGUCAAAUUCAGUAAUCAAGGAGGCCUGAGCAAAGUCCAAAGAUGAUGAACUCAGAAACGUUAGAAAAAAACAUCCCCGAAUUAUAACUGCAUCAUGCAUGUUCAAAUCAAGGAUGUGUUUAUAAACAAUGGCCUUCAGCACCCUCAUACUGUGCUGUGAUAGGAAGGUUUUUUUCUGAAUGAACCCCUUGAACGUGAUUGUUGUCCCCCUUAGAAAAAUAAAUAGUAGUUAAAUAGUAGCUGUGCAAAUUUACCUCAGAUUACUUGUGUACCUUUUCUCCUCUUCUUCAGGUUGAUUGUUGUAAAACAGAUGUUAUUUUCACAGUAAUUGUUUUCUAACAGAUACAUUCAAACAGAAAAGUAUUAUUGUACAUUUGCAGAUUUAAAACGCUUUUAGUGCUUAUAGUGCUUAUUCAUUUGUAAUGUUCUUGAUUGCACUGUGUAACUCUGUUUUUCACAGAGCAGUGUUGUCUAUAAACAAAGUAGCUAUUACACGGACGACUGUGUUUAACCAGCUUCUAUCCUCAGUCACCACUAUGCACUAAUAGUGUUGCUCCUUACACCCCACAUGAACCUCAGGCUUCACCCUAUGGCUUCACCUCACUGGCUGACACUUCCAUCCUUGUGGCAAACUGUUCUCUGAUUACUUCAUUUCCAUACCAUAAGCCUCAAUUGAUGUUAUGCGGCCAGUCUGCCCUCUCCAGAUAACAGCUAAUGUCACAUCCAUACGUUUCUUAUGAAUUCACUGGCGAGUAGUGCUCCUGAUCAUAUGUGAUCAUGUACUCUGUCUUUAUGUCAAACAGGCUUGCAUGUCGUAGGCAAAUGAGCUUACUUGGACACAAGUAUUCAUCAUGCUUUUUUUAGUUGUACAAUAUUUUUAGUGUUUGUGGGCAAGUAUGAAAUUGAGACUCCAGUACAGUAGAGAAACAACAGACAGGGUGCUUUUAAUUCCAGAGCUUUAACUGUAAUCUGAACAUCACUUUGUCCUUUGUUUACAUCAUCGUGGCCUCAGAGGGAAGCUCUCCAUUUAAUGAGGCCAUCGGGUUGGGAUGUGGAUAAAGACUAUUCCUGCAACCAUUUAGGUUUUGGAGCAGUUCCACUGUGAAUCCAUCAGUGAUGUUUGUCUCUAGAUCUGACAUGGUUUAUGUUGGAAUUUAAAAGCUAUACCUGCUGCUGUUAGAAUAACUUUGAUGAAGUGAGAGCUGGCCAGCACUGAGUUGUUGUUUUAACUACAUUUAGCUUUAUCAUGUACAGAGCUGCAUUUCUUGCACCUGUUUAUUUAAAUGCACUGUGGAUAAAUAAGGUCUGGCCAUGGAGCUUACUGUGUCACUGUCUCAUGUUAUUAAAUCAGGGGCAUUUUGUUUGCUUUGGUCUGUAUAAACGUUGUCCACGCUGUGCAUUACCAGAAAGAAUUAAUUAUCCAGGCUAAUAUCACUGAUGUGUGUACAGAGAGAUGCAUCAAUACCAAUCAGUCACUGCCAACACAGAUUGCAUUUUAUAGAUUUUACCAUUUGGCUGAGACCAAGUCCUGACAAGAUUUGCUCUUUUUGUGGGUUUGGGAUUGCACGACACAAAUGACCGUCUGAAUAUGAUGCUUUCACCAUGUUCCACUACAUGUGACUCUUUGGUUUAAGUUUACAAAAAAACUGUGCGACCUGUGAGAUACCAGUUCUCAGUUUUAACCUGGUGUCUCCCACACUGCUGUUUUUAUUGGUGAAGAAAAUGAAGGGCUUCUGGUCUGAUUAGAUUUUCACCUCAGUACAUAAUAUUUUGCAUCAGAACUCACUGAUAUAUAGAUGUGUAAUGUUUCAUAUUGAAUGUCUUCCUAUUACUGUUCUAUGUUGUGUGUAUUUUAAAGCAUUUUAAAAGCAGAAUUUAGCAAUGUGAAGGUUUGUUAUCUGAUUGUCCUGUGAAGUUUGAAGAAAAAAAGAAUUACUAAAGGUAUAAUAAAGUACACGUACUAUUAAAUUUAAUAAUCAAAUCUUUCUAGAAGACUAUUUAAAAUAAGGCUGCUUAUUAAAUUGGUAAUACCACUAACUGUAAUAAUUUAUCUCAAAAUUUAAAGUUUUAUAUAUCAGUAAGAUAUUGCUGAAUUCCUCCUGAAAUAAGUAAAUGUGAGCUGUGUAUCGCAAUAAAAGUAAUAUAUUGAAUAUCCCAUGUGCACAACUAUAGGUCUGAAGUAUGAGUUUGCUUAGAGAUAUGAAGCAAAGCUGGAAGAAUGCAAGUGCUUGUUUGUUAUGAAAUAAUGUAAUUACAGAUGGAUGAAAACAUGUGGACUCUAGACAAUGACAAAGGGACCUUACUUGGCAUGAUAGGUAACAUGAGAUGCACUUUGGUGCUUGAUAACUUUUAUGAUGAGCGACUUAUGAUUGUAGCAGACUCAGUCAAAGCAAGUCUAAUGCACUUUGAGUUAGAGCAAGGAAAGGGGUAAGGUGGCAAGUUACUAUAUACUAUAUAUGAAAGCUUCUCCUGUGAACAGCUACUAAUCAACAUGUUUUCCAUUCUUUGUCUUAUUUUACUGCUCUUUUCUCUCACAGUGGAAAGUCUAAAUCACUUCUGUCUUAUUUAUAACCAUUGUAUGGCACUGAAUUUAUUGAUUUUGGUUUGGUUUGGUGUGUAACCUCUUUUGUGUUGUAACAUCUGCAGUCAUCUGACUAUGUUAAUGUGUACUGUGUGUUGUCUAUUGUUUUUCUCUUUUUGCAGUCAGUGUUAAUCAUGUUUGCGUGUACAGCUGUAACAUACCUUUAUUUUUAUGUGUAGGUUUUAGUGUUACCCAUAUUUUAUUAAAACAAUGGUUAAUAAAGGCAUUUGUGAUGUAAAGAUAA